ACGCCGUACUCUUGAUAACUCCGACAUUAGGGAAAUCACUCCUAUCUAGAGAUCGUGAAAAUUCAGUUUUUGAGCUAGCAUAAGUUUUAGAGGAAAGGCGGCGAGGUAGAGAAUAGUUUGACUUUUUACGAACACGAAGGAUGAACGAUGUGAACAACGGAGGUAUGAAUGGGAACGGGGGAAGGGGAAACGGGAUCCAAUGCUACGAAUGCGGAAGACUAACCAUAUGGCGCGGGACUGUUGGUCCCGACGAGGCAGAGGUUACACACAACCUCAGCAGGAUGAUGAGGUUCGGACGUUUGUCAGAGAAUUGAUGAAGGAGAAGGAGGAGGAACGUGAGAAGAGACAGAGAGAGGAGCAACAACGACUGAAAGAAGAGGAAGAACGAAGGCGUGAGUUGGACCUGGCUCGACGGACCGAGGAGAUGAGAAUGAUCUUGGAGGCGAACAUCGCGGAAAAAUGGCGCGAGCAGAAACGGGCAGCUGAGGAACAGGCUGAGACGGGGAAGUCCACCAUCUCUUUCAAGACCAAGGAAGGAAAUCGUACCUCUCUCCUCAAUUGGCUUGAAGAAAAGUACGCAAAUCAGGACGCCGAACGGACUGUCAUCUUCAUCGAUGGACAGACGUGGGCAGAUAAGUGGCGGGACAUCCGAUCGAAGUUUGGACAGACCACCAUACAAGUGAACGGCAAGAGAACGAAAUUAGGACAAGCAAAGCAGCUCUGUGAGGUAGGCGGGCAGUUUUCCUUCGGUAAGAUAGUCAGGACCCUGACUACUACUGAGAAGAACAAGGUGGCCCUGCAAAAGCUACUUAGACAACCAAGAGCAGUGGGGUCACUGGUGAGACUCCCUACCAUGAAAUUGGUUGGAAUGUACAUGACGGCAUGUCUGUUCGGAAAAAAGACUACGAGGAACCUUUUGAAGACCAAGAUUGACAGAGUCAUUAAGCAGACGACGAAGGUGAGUGUCAGGAGAAAGGUCACGGUGAAGUUUCGGUACGAUUCGAGCGUGCUCAGGUCCGAAGUCGGACGAGCUACCGAGCUAGUUAUAGAUCAAAAAGUCUCCGAUCAAGCAUUCGCUGGCUUCGUUAAAAGGAAGGUUAGGAUCAUAUCGACUAAGAAUAGGACCGUCGGGGGAGUUAUGCACAACCACAGGAGGUAUGCAUAUACUGAACCUGUAGACUGCCCCUGCGCCGGGUAUGACCUAGAGAAACACGAAGGGCAUGUCUUGACUAGGAUGUCGCGUCUAAAGUUUGAUGGUCUGGUCCUGACACCGAUCGAUAGAAACGCUGGUGACACUGCACUGAUCUGUCCUGUGCUGUACAGGCAUGGGUACGACACGAUGUUCACCUGGAACGAGGACUACUCAAAUGUAGAAGGGGCAGAAGAGGAAGUCAUAGCUCGAUCCGAGAGUGUAUUGAGAAAAUUGUUGUCGGCAGGUGCCUUGUCAUCGAUUGAUCCUUCUUUUGCAUCAGAGGUGUUUGAGCUUCCAGCACGUCGAAGUUUAGAAGAGCUUCCGAAAAGUUGUUUGAUUGGCGAUUCUCGAAUUCCGCAUAAGUACGACACUCGUGCUAAGAGGAAAGCAAUGGAAACCAGCAAUACCACUCAGUAUGAUAUGAAUAUUACUCCGAAAGUUGGAGCCGAACAUUCGAAAAGGUCGAAGAAAAGUGAGAAUGAUGAGAGGUCGGUGAAUCAUGGAAGUGAACAUCCUCGCGAUGAUCAUCCUGUUUUGCGUGAGGUUGAACGUGAACGUUCCCAAGAGAAUACCCUUGAUUAUGCUGAGAAAAUGGUUGUGGAGGGGUCUGGUGACAAUUGUCGUGUUGAUGGGGAUGGUUCAUGUAGAGAGGAUGAAAGAAAAAGUGUGGUAAGCCGCGCUGCUCAUUAUCCUCUGAAGUGGGAUGAAGUGGUUGAGAUGGUCCGUGAACUACCUUCGGUGUCAAACCGGAAGUGGUCUCUGGAACAGAUGAAAGCAAUCACUAGUGCAAGAGAGGGAAAUGUUGAGGCAGCUAAGGGAGGAAACUUGAAGGCCGAAGAGAUCUUUGGUCUUCUCGUUAAGCUUGGUAGCUUCGAAAAGUUAACCCUUCCUGCCCCAGCAACUCAAGCACUUGUUGGAGCCGAAGAAGGUAAGGUAGAAAAAAAGAAGGAGAAGCAAAAAGAGGAGAGUGAAAGUGAGGGUGAGAGUAGUGAUGAUGACGCUAGGCGAAGGAGAAAAGAGAGACAAAAGAAAAAGCGCGACCGGGAUUGGAAGAAAGAUAAUAAGAGCCGAGAUUGGCAAAGGAGAGAUGACCCCUUCCGAUGUUAUUAUUGUGAUGAGGAAGGCCAUACUAUAACUCGAUGUCCUUUACUAGAGAAGGAACUCGAAGAAGGGAUUGUCAUGAAGAAUGUCAAUGGGCACGUCCGUGAUGCCAAUUGGAACAAGAUAGAUUUCCGAGUCAAAGGAGGGAUGCGAGCAGUUGUCCUAGAACAGGCUAGGGCCAAUAAGGAUAAAAAGAAGAAGGCUAGAGUUAAUGUUAUUGCCUUUGAUAAUAUGCUACCUCCGGAGAUAGUGGCUCGAGACGACAAUCCCGGAAGUCAAAGUCUGAAUGUAUCUCAUAUCAGCCAGAAAGAGGUCGAAGAGAAAAAGCGAGAGAAGGCUCAAAGAGAGCUACACCAGCUGAUAGAUGGAACCAAGGACCUAGUGAAGGAAGAGAAAGGAAAGGAAGCUGCCGGGAAGAAGAGAAGGGUGGUCUUGAGAUCCGAAGCCGAGGAAGGGAUCUCGAUAGAUGAAGUAGUAAAGAAAUUGCUCGAGGAGACCGAGAUCACCCUAUCCUGGAAAGAAGCAGUAGCCUUGGUACCUAAAAUUAUAGAAGAACUUAAGAAGAUGGUUGAGAGGCGGAAAGUAGAGAUCAAUAGCCUAAGACUCUUCCCUCAGCAUGUGGAAAGAGCCCCGUCUGGUACCAAGAUGAGGUUUGGCAAUAUGUCGUGCGGAUAUUUGAAUAUCACCGUAAAUGACGUGAAGGUUAGAGCCCUAGUGGACUCUGGGGCUGAGAUGGUGCUUAUGUCCUCGGCCACAAUGAGAUCAUGUGGAAUUGGAAUAGAUAGGAAAGUCAACCACCAGCUCUCCAAUAUAGCCGGAUUCUUACCAUUGGAAGGGUUCAUUGAUGAUCUGCCCAUCCGGAUUGGAACUUUACGGGCGGAGAUCCUCUGUUUUGUGGUCCCCAACUUGGAUCAAGACUGCAUUUUUGGAGCCCCUUCUCAUGAGCUGGCAGAGAGUUCAAGGAUGGCUGAGCGAAGGAUGAAUGAGAUAGAGGAUGAGCCGGAUGAUCAGAAACAAGAUAAGGACGCUGAAGAAAGAUUUAAGAAGGAUGAGUAUGAUGGGGAAUAUAAGAGGAUCGGUAUGGUAAUGAGCAGUAAUCAGUUGGAUGAAUUCUACCAUGAGAAGAUAAAGAGAACCUUUAGGCUGCGUAGGGGUCACCUUUUCGUGGAUGCUAAGGAAGGAUUACCGCCACUGAGAGUAGUGUGUGGUAAGGAAAGGCAACUAGAGGUGAUCGCCGUACUACAUGAGGGUCUAGCAGCGGGUCAUAGGGUUGCUGAUGCUACAUACUAUAAAGUAUCUCGACUAUAUCACUGGGAUGGUCUAAGGGAUAUGGUUAUGAGAUAUUGUGGGAGGUACUUGUGGCAAUUGAGGUAUGUCUGGGAGAUCCAGGCUGCUAUGGAGGAAGAAGAGAGACAGAGAUUUGAAGAGGAGGAGGAUAGAGAACGGGAUACGGAGGCGGAAAAGUACUUGCAAAAGGAGAGACAAAAUCCGAGGGAGCUUGAAGAAGAGGCGGCGAGGGAAAGAGAAAUGGCACAAAGCCUUUCUCCUUCCGAAGUGGAGCAACCGCGAAAUAAUAGUAGGGACUUUGCACUACAACAUGGGGAGAAGCGCGGAGAAGCGGGGAGAAGCGGGGAGAAGCGGGGAGAAGCGGGGAGAAGCAGGGAGAAGCGGGGAGAAGUGGACAAAAGCUGGGAGAAGUGGCGAGAAGCAGGGAGAAGUGGGGAGAAGCGAGGAGAAGUGGGGAGAAGCGGGCAAAAGUGGGAAAAAGAAGAAUAAAAGAAUGUGGAAGAAAAGAAGAAGAAAAAUUGAAGUAGCGAGGCCAACCGCUACGCGUCCAUGUUCAUAGAGUAGA